CCCGGUCGGAGGGGCCGGCCCCCCUUCUGGAUUGUGUCUUUCUCUGUCUCAGCCGGAAAUCCCCCUUUUCUCCAACACCAAAAUGGCCAACCUCGGUGUCGUCGCUAACCUCAACAAGCACCUUGCUGACAAGUCCUACAUUGAGGGCUUCGUCGCCACUCAGGCCGACGUCCAGGUCUUCAAGGCCUACGCCGACGCCCCUGAGGCCCACAACACCUACGCUCUGCGCUGGUACAACCACAUCAAGGCCCUCAACCACGAGGCCCUCCCCGCCGCUGAGAAGGACGACUACCUCGCUUCUGAGGAGGCCGAGGAGGCUGAGGAGGACGACUUCGACCUGUUCGGUUCCGACGAGGAGGAGGACGCCGAGGCCGCCCGCCUGCGCUCCGAGCGCCUGGCCGCCUACCGCGCCAAGAAGGCCGCCAAGCCCGCCGUCGUCCAGAAGUCCACCAUCGUCCUCGACGUCAAGCCCUACGACGACACCACCGACAUGGUUGAGCUCGAGAAGCUCGUCCGCGAGAUCCAGACCGACGGCCUCGUCUGGGGUGCUGCCCAGCUCAUCCCCGUUGCCUUCGGUGUCAAGAAGCUUCAGAUUAUGGUCACCGUCGAGGACGACAAGGUCGGUACCGACUUCCUCGAGGAUCAGCUCCUCAACAUCGAGGACCACGUCCAGUCCGUCGACAUUGUUGCCUUCAACAAGCUCUAAGCGACCUGGCGGCAUGCGCCCCUCCCUUCCCCCCCCCUGCAGCGCGCCCCCCUGUCUCUUUCCCCCCCCCCCCCGGGGACGACCUGUCUCUCGUGGGUGUUCCUCUCUCUGGCACAUACACAACCCCCUCCCUUUG